GUUAAAAAAAAUGUACGUUUAUAUUUUUGUUCCGUAUAUUUAGUUGAAUUAAGGCUAGUUGCAUAAAACUUUCAACUCUCUCUCUGAUGUGUUGUCAAAUUUAGACUAGGCUUCUUAUUCACUCCCCGAGGUCAGUGUUGAGUUGUAUCGUUAUAUCAUUGCUACGAGAUUCGGCAGACUUUAGGACGGCGAAAAGAAAUGGCUCUGCUGGUGCCCUAGCCUUCACCUAUUCCCGAUCCUAUCCCUCGAGCGACGUGGCCAAUCAGUGUGUGUGUCAGCGACACAUGAAUGGUGAUAUCCAAGAAAUGGAACAAAGAAGCCGCUCGUAUCGAAUUUCCGUCGAUAGAGAAAAUUCGCGGAUGAAACAGCACAGAAGAUUUGUUGAGAUUUGUGAAACCAAAUGAAUAUCUUCGACGCAAAGUCCAACUGUUUUGGUUUGCUCAAGGAGGGAACUUGGUCUCGUGAGAGCUUUGUCGGUCGCCAGGCGAGGCUGUUGGCUACAUUGGAACGAGUGAGGAUCCUCUGACAGUGGACUGCAUUUCUCCUGUAGGAGUGAGGAUCCUCUGACAGUGGACUGCGUUUCUCCUGUAGGAGUGAGGUUCCUCUGACAGUGGACUGCGUGUCUCCUGUAGGAGCGAGGUUCCUCUGACAGUGGACUGAGUGUCUCCUGUAGGAGCGAGGUUCCUCUGACAGUGGACUGAGUGUCUCCUGUAGGAGCGAGUUUCCUCUGACAGUGGACUGAGUGUCUCCUGUAGGAGCGAGGUUCCUCUGACAGUGGACUGAGUGUCUCCUGUAGGAGCGAGGUUCCUCUGACAGUGGACUGAGUGUCUCCUGUAGGAGCGAGGUUCCUCUGACAGUGGACUGAGUGUCUCCUGUAGGAGCGAGGUUCCUCUGACAGUGGACUGAGUGUCUCCUGUAGGAGCGAGGUUCCUCUGACAGUGGACUGAGUGUCUCCUGUAGGAGCGAGGUUCCUCUGACAGUGGACUGAGUGUCUCCUGUAGGAGCGAGGUUCCUCUGACAGUGGACUGAGUGUCUCCUGUAGGAGCGAGGUUCCUCUGACAGUGGACUGAGUGUCUCCUGUAGGAGCGAGGUUCCUCUGACAGUGGGCUGAGUGUGCUCUCAGCGGCUCUCAGCCAGGGACGACUGCCCUUCUGGCCACAGCGCCCAUGAGGUAACGGCGAGAAGUCCCAUACCACCCUCGCUCUGCCCUCCACCCCAUCUCCUUCUAUCCCUCUCCAGCGAUGGGUCAGAAGAUCUCGGGCAGCAUCAAGUCGGUUGACGCACGGGGCGAUCCCUCCUAUCGGCCUGUCCGCCGUGAGCUGCGGGGUCCAGACUUCUGCCGGCCUCCUCGUCUUGACCUACUUUUGGACAUGCCCCCUGCGACCUCUGACCUGCAGCUCCACCAUGCCUGGAACCCAGAGGACCGCUCACUCAACGUCUUUGUCAAGGAGGACGACAAGCUGACCUUCCACCGCCACCCGGUGGCCCAGAGCACCGACUGCAUCCGCGGCCAGGUGGGCUACACACGGGGGCUCCAUGUCUGGCGGAUCCACUGGCCGGCGAGACAACGAGGAACACACGCUGUUGUAGGGGUGGGCACGGCUGACGCUCUUCUACACUCUGUGGGUUACACAGCCCUGGUGGGUUCGGACUGUGAGUCGUGGGGCUGGGACUUGGGCCGGAACAGACUCUACCACGACAGUAAGAACCAGCCAGCCUCCACCUCGGCACCAACAUACCCGUGUUUCCUGGAGGCAGACGAGUCGUUUGUUCUGCCAGAUGCCCUGCUGGUGGUGCUGGACAUGGACGAGGGCACGCUUAGCUUCAUGGUGGACGGCCAGUACCUGGGCGUGGCCUUCAGAGGGUUAAAGGGCAGGAGGCUGUACCCCAUUGUCAGCGCCGUGUGGGGACACUGUGAGGUCUCCAUCUUCUACGUCAAUGGACUCGAUCCGCUCCUGGUUGAGAGGAAACGAGAGCUGGAGGCAGAGAUUGAUCUGAGACACAGAUGGAAAGGAAACUGGGACAACAGGAUCAAGAUACCUUCUUAAUCGGAGCCCCUCCCCCUGAUGGACCUGUGCAGGCGAGUGGCCAGGCUGGCUCUGGGGCGGGACCGAGUCAACCAGAUAGACACCCUCCCUCUGCCAGAGACCAUCAAGAACUACCUCCAGUACCAGUGAACUUACACACACCAGGACAACGAACGACUUGCUUGACGACGGCUACAUUCACUACAGUCAACCCCAAACAAUUGAACCCUGAAACACUGGACAUCUACUGAGGAUGAUGAUGAUGGUCGGGAGGAAGCCUAUAAAGGAGUUGCAAGUUUCCUUUUAGGAUGUGUCCAUUUUGAACUCCAUUGUUUCAGUUUGCUCACUGCUGUCCCCCAGAUGGACAGAUGAGUGAUUGAUGGACAGACGGAGGUAGAUGGGCGUGAGACUGGACUCUAGCAGAAGUGUUGGGCUAUGAUGCUGGCUUCUCAUUGGGUCUAUGGGUUUAUAGCGUGUAAGCUUCUAGAAUAUAUUCCUGGAGGAACAGGGUGUUUUGGGGAUGAUGCACACAUAGUUACUGUACAUCUAUAGACUCUCUGGAAGCCUCUCUGAACAUGUAGAUAUUUUGACUCUAUAGCAGGCUCUACUGAGGCUCACCAGCCCCUAGCCACAGGGACGCGAACAUCGUUCAACGCAUGCAUAUGCAAACACUAGCUCAUGCUCAGAGGGGCUGUUUUCACUGUGUGAGGUUUUAUGCAUGUGUGGGUUGGUGCGUGUCGGUCUUGCUCAGCAACAGGCACCCUAAGACAUCAGUCUGAACCACUGAGUUUGGCAACACUGCAGCCUUGAUAUCUCUAGUCCCCUGCUGCACUGCACCUUCCUCACCUCAACUGGCAGUCUCCCUUUUAUUUAUCAGUGGGCUUCAUUGGAUCCAUGCCUCUGUCUGGGUGAGUGACUGGGGAUGCAUCCACAGUGGCACCCUAUUCCCUACAUAGUGCACGCCAUCUGAUCAAGUGUAGUGCACUAUGUAGGGAAUAUGGUGCCAUUGUGGACAUACCUGGAAUGUUGUCAGUCAGUGUGAUGUGUUAAAGCUGAGGUUGGUCUGAGGGCCAAUCUGUUACUGUUUAUGUGCCUGCUCAGAGAAAGUACAUCUGUCACAGGAGACAAAGACCUGCUGCUUUUUUCCCUCUUUCCGUUCUUAUCCUGAUGGUGACUAUUCCUUUAAGUAUAUGUUCUGUUUUUAUGACUGGGGAUUUAGUUUGUUUCUGAUUUUUGUUUUCUAUGGUUUUGAGAUCUAUUUGCUGGACAGGAAGUGACCCGGGUGAGACAGGAAGUCUCGCUGAGAGAGACUGAUCGAGGAAUGUGCUGCCAUGAGAAUCUUUUAAAUGUGAAUAAAACACAAACAAACUGAACCAAACACAAUGGUGUUUUCUGUCCAGUUGGACCUACUGUCACCUCAGUAUGCCAGUGUCAUCCAAAUGAAGGGAAGUCUCAAUGCUGCCCAGCACAUUCACAACAUUAUGCCUUUGAACUAACAAUAUAGUAAUUAAUUUAUUUAACUGUGAUUUAAAGUAUGUUGCUGUAUUUGGAUGCCUGUAUUUGAUAUUUAGUCCGUGACGUUUUCUGAAGCAGGCAGGCUUUGAACGGAGAACAAAGCCUGUUAUGUGAUCACAGUUCAGACAAAGCAGCUUUCCCUGACCAUUCAUGUUUUACAGCAUAAAUGUGUCUGUCAAUCAUAUCAAGAUCACACCAGGACAGCAAAGUGGUACUGAUGAGAUGAUUUAACGUAAGUGGUGAGAGAGUUCGGUUGUAAGGGAAGGAAACAUUUCCCUAAAUGGUUACAAUCAUCCUACUCAAUAGGUAGGGAUGAUUUUGCAGGGCCAUAGUUACUUGCCCAUUACCAGAAGUGUACAUAAGCUUGUGUUAUAGCAAUUGGCUCAUUCACCCACCCUCCCUCCCCCUUUCCCCUGUAACUAUUCACCAGGUCAUUGCUGUAAAUGAGAAUGUGUUCUUGUCGACUUACCUGGUAAAAUAAGGGUUACAAAAAAAUGUAUCUCAGGCGAAGGCUUUAGUGCUGAAAUGCAGGUUAAGAAGCAAGGAUUUGAAGGAUGAGGAAACGCUUCAGGGCAGGAUUCUGGACACAACAUCACAGUUAGAGGCUAAGACAAGGCAUUGGAAAUCAAAUAUCAGUUAAAUGAGAUCAUCCCUGCCCUUGGAAUUUAGUAAUUAAUUUACUCCCUUGCAGAAAGGUAGGAUCAAAUCAGGAUAAAAGCUGGUGCUCAGAAGUUUGAUCUGUCUAAAAGGGGCUUAUCCUUGAUACACCCCCUGUGUCUUGACAGUUUGUUGUGACAGCUUGAUUUGAGCUGCGCUACUAUGCUGAUUUACAAUUGAGCUCUAUAUCCUGUUGUAUAAUCUUACAACAGUGGCUAUUGGCUCCCUUCUCUUCCCUCUCUCCCUACUCAACUAAUUUCUCCCCACUUCUCACCCUCUCAAACCAGCUUUCAUCAUCGUCCAUAUUAUUACUGUCUGCACUCUCCUGUCCUUUACAUCAUCACGAAAGGUGUAAUCUCUCCCCUCACCUGUCUAUUCUACUGCCUUCACUCUCCAUGAUUCCCAUCAACAUUCCUCCUUUCACUCUUCUCUGCUCCCUCGUCUUUACCUCAUUCCUUUCCCUCCCUCUCAUCCUGUAUUGAGUGACAUGGAGGGCGGCGGUGGGAGGAGAACUGUAGCAGUUGAAGUGCUGUUGUCUCCCACAGAGGCUGCAUGGAGGGAAGAUGAAGAAAUGUAUAAUUCCUAAAAGAAAAUCACCUCUUUAGGUUUGCUCUUAUCUCCUUCAGAGCGUUAUGUAAAAUGUAUUGUUUGGUUCUGUGGUCUGUUUCUCUCGCUCAGAUUAAAUGAAUGAGUGCUU